UGUUUCCCGUGUUUAUCGCUAGAGAAGAAGAAUCACGGAAGAGGGGAAAGGUUUCCUGACUGAUCACCGGGCUAAGCUAACCAGCUAACUAAAGAUAACUACCCGUCUGACCAGCAGUUUCAUCAGGUUUACCGGUUAGAUAGACACCCGGACCGAAGCAUCAAGAUGACAGCUGCACCUUACAACUACUCCUACAUCUUCAAAUACAUCAUCAUUGGUGAUAUGGGAGUAGGAAAGUCUUGUCUGCUGCACCAGUUCACAGAGAAAAAAUUCAUGGCGGACUGUCCUCACACCAUCGGGGUGGAGUUCGGGACGAGGAUCAUGGAGGUCCACGGUCAGAAGGUGAAGCUGCAGAUCUGGGACACGGCUGGUCAGGAGCGCUUCAGGGCCGUGACCAGGUCCUAUUACAGAGGGGCCGCUGGGGCCCUCAUGGUGUACGACAUCACCAGGAGAAGUACUUAUAAUCACUUGAGCAGCUGGUUGACAGAUGCCAGGAACCUGACCAACCCAAACACAGUGAUCAUUCUGAUUGGUAACAAAGCCGACCUGGAGGCUCAGAGAGACGUGACGUACGAGGAGGCCAAGCAGUUUGCCGAAGAGAACGGUUUGCUGUUUCUUGAGGCCAGCGCUAAAACAGGGGAGAAUGUGGAAGAGGCCUUUCUGGAAGCGGCAAAAAGGAUUUACCAGAACAUCCAAGAUGGCAGUCUGGACCUGAACGCUGCUGAGUCGGGAGUCCAGCACAAACCGUCUGCGCCGCAGGGAGGCCGCCUCAACGCCGACAGCCAGCCGGCCAAAGAAGGCUGCAGCUGCUAACCACAGACAGGAACUACAGACCCAUCGAACAGACAGGUGGACAGGUGGACGGAUGGACGGACAGAGGCAGACAGAUACGUACACAGAGAUCCACCAGGCACUAACAUGCGUCUUCUAGAGUGCGUCAAACACAAUUUAGCUGGAUUACAUUCAGCAUAGUCCAAGCAACUGUUAUCGUAUCCAGACCUGAGGUCAGUACUCAAAACAAGAUUCGACCGUGCGCAACCCAAUCAGACAUUACCAGCCUCAGUUUAAUCAGGACACCCUAAACCAAAUCCAGGCACUAUCCAGACGUCUGUGUGCCAUCUAUGGAUCAGUGUUAGACAACUCCCAAAUCAGGACCCGAGACCUUACCUGCAUCACUGUCUGCACAAAAUGAAUCCCUAAGCAUAAAUCCCGACAACUUUUAGUCUACACUUGAAUCACGCUGGUUCUUAUUCCAGCUCAUUCACUAGGCACAUUACCAGCCCAACCCUUUUCCCCCAAAACUGGACUACACUCAAAGUUUGGCGUGCUUUUGACCCGACUAAUGUAAGGAAUAUCCUGAAAUGCAUAAAGAUACAAAUAGAAAAUAGAAACAAAUGAAGAAACAAGGCUCAAGUUUGAAUCGACCUCCAGACCAAAAUUGGACAACACUUCACCAAAAGGGGUCACUUAGUUCUAAAUCUGGACAUCCACAGCUUCUCCUUAAGAUGGAACUCUGGUCCAAGUCGAGACUUCCUUACAGCUCACAUGCAGGCAGGUCGUCCAAAUUUAGUCUUACUUUUCCUACCCUUUUCCCAAACACAAAACACUGUGUCCCAAAAGAUGAAUAAAUAUACAAUGCCCAAAUUCGGACCAGCCUACAUGAUCAAUACUUGCGGAUCACCUAAGUUCCAACUUUGGACAUUCCUAUGGACAGAUUCAAGGCUUUGACUCAAGCUGGACUGUCCUUGGUUCAAAUUGAGAUUGCCUUCACCCUCAUCUAGGCUCGUGGGCCCAAAGGUAGGCCAAGAUGGACCGUUGUAAGCCCAGAGUAGGACCACCCUCACCAGACAAUAUUUAUCCCCAAGCCUGGACCCGACUCAAGUGAUGGUAGUCCGGCUCUCUUCAUUCCAAAUGUAAAUCACCAUUGAGACAAAUAAAUAUUCAAUGCUUGAAUUCGGACAUGCAGCCCAAAUCUCGACUGCACUUCACUUAAAUGCAAAGUGCCCAAGUUCCAACUCUGGACAUUCCUAUGGACAGAUUCUGAGCCUCGGCUCGAGGUGGACUGCUUCUCCAAAUCAAGGAACUCCUCUAGUCCAAAUCUUUAAAUUUAGCUAUAAUUUAAUCUGCUAUAAAUCCAGUUCAUCCAAAUGCCCAACUCUUGACGCUCACUCUUUUGAUAUGAACCUUUGGAUUUAUUGUCAUACUUAUGUCUUAUACCUGUGUGAUAUCCCAUCAUUUGUUGUUGAGUUGGAAAAGUCUUAAAAGUUCAUGCUUCAAAUCUAUUAAUUCUAACAGAGUGGCGUGGACGUCUGAAUCACUUCCAUUGUUGAUGUGGAUUGGAGACUUGAAUCUGUUGUACUUGUAGUCAAAUGCGUCUCUGGAGGUGUUCCAGCAGUAUUCACACCUGCAGCUGAUGUCAUUUUUCCAGUCGCCUCGAAUGCAGGUUAAAGGGAUGCUUGGUACCACUCAACCUCUGAAAAUACUUAACUGUAAUGUCUUCUGUGGCUAUGGAGGAGAUUGCUGAACUCUGCAGUAAUAACUAACGAUGUAAUUUGGCCUGUGCUGGAAGACCAUCCAUAACGACCUGUGUUACAAUCGGCAGGUGUGCAGUUUGAAAGUUGUGGGUAUUCAGCAGGCAGAGUGGGUUUACUGACAGACGGCACCAUGUUGCUUUAUAAAAAUGGUAGGCUCUGACUAAAGUCAGGAUAUCUCGGCCUUUGUUGCUCCAUUUUGGACCAGUCUUGCUUUAACACCUCUCGCAAGUUCGCCAACUUUAUGGAAGUGCGAUAAAAGCUUUAGCGAGCUUCAAAUAAACUAGUUUGAUCACGUCUAAAAAUCUGGAAGUACCCCUUUAAUCUGAGCUGGAAGGAGGGUUCACAGAAGAGAUCAGACGAUGGCUACAGAAAAUGUCUAUCAUCUUGGUACUGAUGUUCAUUAAUGCACACAUUAUAGGUAUUCGUGGGUCCAAAAGGUUGGAUCUAGUCCGAUACUGUCCUGUGGAAACCUGGAGUCCACCGUGCAUAGAAAUACAUUUUCAAAAAAGAGAAGCAUCCGGAAAGUUCCUGAAGACAAUAAGACCCUCCUCAACCAAAUUAGACUGAGUAUUAUUUGGACCCAGCCUUACCUGGGUUCUGGGUCCAGACCCUGUUACUAGGAACCGAGUGGAUCCUCAAAGACGUCUUAACAAACAUCUCCACAGAUAGAAACCCCAAAAACAACAUCUCUUCAUCCCACAUUUUGCCUUUAAAAAAAAAAUAAAAAAAAUAAAUCUAAAAUAUUUAAACUAAAUAACUUAAGGCGACUUUGAAUUUUGAUUGUUCUUGUGGACACGUAAAGCAACUGAUUGAUGAAGGUGAUGAUGAAGAAUAAAAUGACUUACCUGAACCAGAAUGUCACGACUGGUCCGGCAGUGGAUCACAAGUUCAGGAUAGAUUUUUAUUCAAUUUCUUGUUAAUGUUGAUUUUUUUUGUUCUCUAACGUGUUUCCAAAUAUAUAUAUUUACAGUAUAAUUUCGAUGUCACAGUUCCCUCUAGUGGCCAUUUGUUGCAUCCCUACUGAUCGAGUGCGUAUUGAGGAAGGAAAGCAGAUUCUUCUAAUUUAUUGCUAUUAUCUGUUCUUGUUUUGUUUGUUUAGUUUUCUUGUUAAACUGGGAUUAACUUUAACUCUGCAUUCUGGUUGAUUACAGAUAAAUUGGUAGAAGCUUUGCAACAAAAGAAAUAUCUUGAGACUCACUGACAUUUUGCCUUCCAACAAAACAUUUUCUUUUAAGCGUGAUCUGAUUCAGCUCAAACUGGACAAGCCUUGACAUCCUGAAGUGUUUUUAAAUUUCAUCAACCAAAUGAUUAAAUGUAAAAUGAAUUCCUGUGGAUUACAGAGUGUGCUCCCAGUUCUCCCGGUGUAUCUAACUGGAUCGGUCAGUCAAUUGUGUUCCUUAUAAGCAUUCCAUCACCCACUAGCUACAAAACAGAAAACGCCAACGAAGUAGCUCCACUAAACUUUAUCUUACACUUUCUAAAGAUUUCAAAGCAAAAUGAUUGGAUUUUGUGGUCACUAGAGGGGAGAAAAAAACCAAAACAAGCCGACAGAUGCGCGCACAGUAUACCAUGUAAUGUUUCAGUUGUUUGAUUUAGUGUUAAUAAAUAAUAAAUCGAUUAAUGCAGCUUUCACCUGAUAUGAUUCUGCUCUCGUUGAUGGGUUAACGCCAGAUUUACACUAAAUGGAUCAGCUGUACAGUUUAUGUCCAGUGUUUCUCCAGCAGGGAAACACUAUAUAUAUAUGGUAUUCUAUAAAACUUCUUGAAUACGUAGAAGGAUAUGGAGAUUUUUAAAAAGCCUGAGAAAUAUUCCCCAUUGAGUUCUGCAUCAGUCCCAGAAUCAACAAAUGUCACCAACAUGUUCUCUGAUGAAGUAUUAUUGCGUAAAUAAUCAAAGUGAUUAAAAAAUAAAAAUAUUUAUUCUAUUUACCUUCAAUCAGUUAAUACAUAUUUUACUCCCACAUUUAUUUAUUUUUGUAUCACAAUUGUUUUAGCAGAAAUUUGUGAUUAUUAUUAUUUAAAAAAUAAUUAAUAAUUUUGUCUUAAAGUGAUAUGAGUAUUUUCAUAUUUGUUAGUAAAGAUAAAUACGUUUGAAAUUAAUUUUAGAAAUAUACAUAAAUUAUUUAACUCAACAGAUAACUUGUUCAUGACAUGUGUCUCCUCUGGGACUCCGUACUGUGAUGUAGUGAUCAAUGAAAGUUUGUUCCGUUUAAAGGCUGUAACCUUUGGAGGAAGUCGUUUUCCUGCCCAGCUCACUUUGACCUCCUCUGUGAGACCGCGGUUCAGAUUCUGGUCCGGUGGUCUCACUCAGAUCUUGUGUACAUAUCCAGUCACACCUGAAGGAUUACAGAUAUUAAUGCCUGUGCUAUUUGUGUAUGUUGAGGACAUCUAGACCAUUUAAACACAAAACCUAGAUUUUAUCUGUGUCCACAUCUGUCUGAAUGGGAAGUGAUUUUACUCUUCGCUGUCUCUGAUUGGUGGACAGCAGCCUUCUUCAACUGUGAUGCUUGAUUUAUGAAUGAAGCCCUCCCUCACUUUAGAAACACAUCAGACUCUAAUGUUUCCAGACACGUUACCUGCACGCCACAUUCACUGGGGGAAAAAAAAAAUGUACGGAAAGAAGAUAGUUUGUUUCCUCGUUGACGCUUAGUCAAAAGUAAACAAAUCACAGAAGAAAAAGCUGCAGUUUAAAACCUGCUGUGACCGCUGCCUGAAGCUUCCCUCGUCAAAGGAAAACGCAAGCGUUUGAUUAAAAUGUUUUAAUAAAAUGCAAUAGCAGUGCCAGAUCUGUAGGUGGCAGUGUUGUUGCAGUGUAAUAACCUUUUUAACAGAAACAAUAAAUCAAAGAAUUCAGUAAACAAUACCUGAUUUAAGUUGCAGCGCCCCAAAUUCCUUCAUUUUUAUCAGAAGUUCAACAACAUAAGCGCAACAGCUACAUUUCUUUUUAUAACAUUAAAGGUAUAAAAAAAAUGAGUGCUGUACGUUGAGUUUUUAAAUUAGUAUGUUCUUUGCAAAAACAGCAUUAAAGAUUCUUACACUAAUCAGCCAGAUGGAGGCGCUGUAAGUUAGUUAAAUUAAUAUCAGGUUUUAUCCCCGCACGCUGGCUGUAAAACGCUGUGUACAUUUUAUUCUUUUCUUUUUCCUGUAAUGUCUGUUGAUUUUCUGUCUGCUAAAGUAAAAACAUGCUUUUAUGAUUCUUUGAGUAUUUAUAUUCUAAAUCUGUAAUGAUUUUCUUCAGCUGUACCUUUUCAUUGUACGACCGCGGGGAUUUAGUUAUUUGUAAAUAAAGUAUAUAUACUGUA